CGAGCCCGGCGAAGUCCUCAGCCCGCCCCACUUGCCCACUCCCCACUUCCCGAGCCGGCUCCGUGUUUAGGGAGGGCAGUGAUCACGCAAGCCGGAGCGGCGGGCUGACGUUGGACGAGCUGCCAGGUAGCUGGAAGCAGGCAGCCAGACAGCCGAGACACUUCCCAGCGAUUCCAGCCUGGGCUCCGCAGGAAGCCUCGCUGAAUCCCAGCCAGCUGGUUCUAACCUUCCAGAAUCGCAAUCCCUUCUCCCCACAGCCAGCCCUCGCCGAGCAAGCAGCAGGAUGUUUGCAGUGUCGCGCCCAGGGCUCUGAGACUGAGCCUGCCAUCCACUCGCACGCCUUUCUUUCAGGGUUUUUCGGCUGUUGGCUACACUGAUGUGACCCCCCUCCCUUUUUGGAAUGAUGGGGAUCUUUUUGGUGUAUGUUGGAUUUGUUUUCUUUUCCGUUUUAUAUGUACAACAAGGGCUUUCUUCUCAAGCAAAAUUUACCGAGUUUCCGCGGAACGUGACGGCGACCGAGGGGCAGAAUGUGGAGAUGUCCUGCGCCUUCCAGAGCGGCUCCGCCUCGGUGUAUCUGGAGAUCCAAUGGUGGUUCCUGCGGGGGCCGGAGGACCUGGAGCCCGGGGCCGAGGGGGCCGGCGCGCAGGUGGAGCUCUUGCCCGACAGAGACCCGGACAGCGACGGGACCAAGAUCAGCACAGUGAAAGUCCAAGGCAAUGACAUCUCCCACAAGCUUCAGAUUUCCAAAGUGAGGAAAAAGGAUGAAGGCUUAUAUGAGUGCAGGGUGACUGAUGCCAACUACGGGGAGCUUCAGGAACACAAGGCCCAGGCCUAUCUGAAAGUCAAUGCCAACAGCCAUGCCCGCAGAAUGCAGGCCUUCGAAGCCUCGCCCAUGUGGCUGCAGGAUAUGAAGCCCCGCAAGAACGUCUCCGCAGCCGUCCCCAGCAGCAUCCAUGGCUCUGCCAACCAACGAACGCACUCCACCUCCAGCCCUCAAGCGGUAGCCAAAAUCCCCAAACAAAGUCCACAAUCAGGCCAAUUUAGAAGCUUAGUCACAGGAUUCUGAAGGCAGCUGUGCAAGUUAAAGCUGUUCUGAAUGGCAUUAAUGUAUGCAGUCAUUCAGCCAAUGGAAACGCGUGGAAGUUUUAACCUUGAUGUGGGAUAAAGGCUUCGUGGAAUGAGCAGUACCCUGCACAACCCCGCGGCCGUCCCGAUUUCCUCAAACACGUGACAUGGGAUGAAGGGAGCACAAACAUACUGACUUUAUCCUUCUUUAGGUUUUUCCCUAAAGAAGUAUUGAUGCUACCAUCGGUAAUGGAAAAUUAUAUUGCUAAUAUUUAAGGUCUCUUCAGCCAUUAAAUUAAAAAGUCUGAUUACUUCACCAGGAUGAUUUCUGAGAUCUCAUCUCAUAUCGUCCUGAAUACACAGACACACACACACGCACACACACACACAUCUCAGAAAUCAUCCUAAUCAAAUAUAGACUUUAUAUAUAUCAAAUAUAUAUAUACAUGUAGAAAUACAUAUAGGUAUGUAUCUUUAAGUCCUUGCUUGUGAACAAUGCUUUUAAAUGUUUUUAAAAUACUGUAUGCCAAAAUAGGUUUUCUCUUAAUGCUUUACUUCCUAAUGGAUGUGAUUUGCAGAUUUGUAGGGCACUUGGAUUAGGGUUCUCUGAGUUUGCCCUGCCUUAUAAUGUAGAUGAGCAACUCUCCUGGCAUGCCUUGGUCAUUGCAAUUUAUGUCAGUCUGAUGAAUAGAUGGCUUAGCCUCUCUGAAGCCCAAUGUGUGUGGAUUUGUCUAAUUUUUUUCUUUAUAAUCUUUUCUGCUUACCAAAUUAAAGGACAAACUAAUAUAGCUGGAACAUAUAUGUGUGUAUCCAUACACACUAAACACACAGGUAUAUGCUAAAUUGUAAUGGUAACCAAAUGAUGGUUACAACUUUGUGACUAUUAUUUGAGGAAGAUUUAAUGUCUUUGGAGUGAUUUUCCCCUCUUUCUUCACAUUAUCAUAAAAGAAGUGAGACACUACAGGCAAGAUUACAGAGUAGCCUAAGCAGACAAUUUACAACCUAAUUAGCAAGAACUCCAAAUCAUGGAAGUGAAAUUAUUAUUAUCCUACAUAGACUGUUCCAAGUUAGAUGUCAUCAAUCUGUUCGGCAGAAUAAAAUCAAACAGAUUACCUAUUCCAAGUGAAGAAUUCCAAGGGUAGAAUGAAAUGCUUUAUCUAUUUCUAGAAUGUUUUCUUAGCUUUUGGGGUUUAAUAAUGCAAUCUCAAAAUAUCUAUUUAUUUUAUUUUAAUAUCUCUUAGCGCUGUGAUUAGUGCUAAAUGAUAAACUCUAGAUCUCUUCUAACAAUUAUCAAAUAAAAAUUACUGCUCUUUUUGCAUCCCAUUGCCAGCCUUGCUGUCAGAUUCAAAAUUGCUUUUUCUAGAUGUAAAGGUAGAAGGAGAGAAAAAAGUGACUCAUGAAGUCUAUAUUCAUUAAAAGUCCUGUUCACUAAACAUAUCUGCUUAUAUCAAAGAGUAACCUGAAAUAUCUGAAAAUAUUUAAUUUCAAUAUUUCCAACCAGUGAAUACUGGAUAAUAUUUUUAUAUACUUCUAUCAACAUUUUCUAAUUUCGAUUUCAGAAGCUGGGGCAGUCCAGUCACUCACUUUACUUAUGUGUAAGUUCCUAUACUUGCACAAUUAUUAUAUAUGAUUCAGUAUCUGGGGUGGAUAUUUAUAUAUUAUAUUCACUGUAAUACCCACAUCCUGAUUUAUGAUUUUUGCCUCACGAUUUUCAGAUUAUAUUCAAAUAAAGCUUAUUUCAAUACCCAUGCUUCAUUUAUUCAUUCAUUUAUUCACCUUCCAUCCCGCCUAGGAACUCACAUACCAGGCACAGGGACACAAACAUGGAAGACACACUUCUUCUCCUCAAGGAGUUUGUAUUUUAGUUUGCAAGAAAACAAAAUAUUUGUACAUUCCAUUUAUCAUCCAUCUUUAUUUCAUUAUUCUAUGAAAGGCAAGAUGUGAUGAAAGCACAAAAAUCAAAAUCUUGCUUUUGGAAGCCAAUAGCUAUAUUGUACUAGCCUUUUAUCUUUUAUUGUUUGAUACAAAGAGGCACCCUUCAUCUAUGGUAUAUGGGACACUGUCAUCUCUGUCACAAAAGCUGGCCCGUUUGGCCCUUUAUUUUCAUCAUAAUCUUUGACUUAGUUGACUAAAUUAUUUAAACUGAAACACUCACCUCUUAAUUGAUACUAUUUUUCUUUCAAAGAAUUUCUGUUUUUAAAUGAAGGAAAACAUAUUCGCUGAAAAUAAUUUUAUAUAAAAUCUUCAAAUUUUCAUACAAUUAAUUUAACCAGUUUUUCUAGAGCAGAGAUUUACAUGAAUAGAAGAAGAUGGAAAAGAUAGUCUAUGACCAUCUGCCUAUCACAGGAUAAAGCUAACUGUUAUUUAAUAUGGCUAGUCCCAUACCUUUUCCAGAUAUUUUCCAAAAGUUUUUGAGCAUGUGACUUUCCCCUCCCACUUAAAAUUCUUUUUUAUCUUUGUGAAUCCUUCACUUGUAAAAUUAUUUGAAUUCUACCUCCAUUUAGUAAUCAGCAAUUAAAACAAAAUAAUGAAGCAAAACGGUUAGGCAAACAGAUAAACAAAACUUGGCUUUUGCAAUCCCUUUGAAGUUUGCCGUCUUCAAUUGUUCUGAACACUCUCCAGUUUUGUGUACCAUGACCACCUUAGAUCAUAUCAAACCCACUCCCCUCUGCCCACUUUUUUUGGCUCUAUUUGCAAGAAGCUUAUCAAGAGAAGAUGCCAAUAAAUAUGAUGUUAUCAGGAAAGCAAUACAUAGAGUUAGAAGCAGAAGAAAUGUUCUAUAGAUGUUCUGAGAAGGUGAAUUCCUGCUUCUUGCUGGAGGAGUCAGGGAGGGCAACCUGGAAGAAGGGACUUGGAGGAUAGGGAGAGUUCAUACAAGCAAAUAUGGAGAAGAAAGACCUUUCGGAGAGGAGGGUGGCACCAAGCACAACUGACUGUGGAAGUCCCAGGAUCUUGACCAGGAUGGAGUGGUUUAGGUCCCUCUUCGCAGAGAACACAGGACUCAACGCCCCUCCACCAUGCCCCCAAAUACCCCAAUAUACUAAGCCAUUCUCUACUUGUUUCUUCCUGUCUCAUCCAGUGUCUCCAAUCCUUCCAGAGGUCAAACAUCUCCACAGACCACCUCUACUAGUCCUUCCUUUCUUCUCUCUGUCUUCACUUUUUUCUACUGACCCCCUUCCCACCUUCCCAACGUCACACAGAACUGUGAAGCAGCUUCCUGCUCCUCUUCCCCAACCUGGCCAUGGAUCAACGCCUGGUGUGCAGAGCUGCGUGCUGGCUCCUCCAGGUAAAUUGCCCAGGUCGCUCGCACUCCCAAAGCUGUCAUGCAAGUCACUGGUGUCUCCUGCUUCCAAUUCCCCACCCUCUCACAUCUCGUCCUUCCCAGUCUCUAGGCAGCCUUUCUCCCUCGAUCACUCCUUCCUGACACUCUUACCUCUCUUCUCUUUGCAGGCUGGUCCCCUAUUUACUGGCUCCUAGCAUUCUCCUCUCUCCUUUAUUGGCCUCCUCCCCAACUAAAUUCCUCUCUUAAAUAUAGUUCUUUUCCCAUUGUCAACUGCCUGAUCUUCUCAUCCACUUCCAUGGUUUUGACUGCUAAAUUUUCUUAGGAAAUUGUUCGAGUCAACUUUGUACUUCUGACUCAUUUCUGUAGAUCCAGACUCAUGUUCACUCUUGUCCCCAAAGUAUCUACAUAUAUAUCCUGCAAAAACUGUGGCAGAGUAAGGAUGUCUGCACACUUGUCUCCAUCCCACGCAUUGAAGCCUAUUUUCCUUCCCCUGAGCGUAGGCUGGCCUGUGACCACUCUGCCCAGUAAAGUAUGAAGAAGUGAGCUGUGCCAAUUCUAGACCUAUCCUUUACAGGGGCUGGCAGCACCUGCUGAGCCCUCCUGGAAGCCAGCCACUGUGGAAGCAGUGCAGCCACCUUACUGAGUGAAGCCCAGCCAAGGACCUUGGUGUGCGAGCCUGGAAGCAGCCUUGGGCAGCCAGUCACCCCAGCCUUCCUCCAGCCACAGCUCCAGUGGCUGUCUCAUUGCAGCAUGAGGGAGCCCAAGCAAACACUGCCCAGCUAAGUACAGACAACACGCAGAACAGAGACAGAUGAUGAUCUCCUGUCGUUUUAAGGCACUAGGUUGUAGUGAGGUUUGUUUCAUGAUAGAUACCCAGAUCGGACAUCUAAAACUCAAAUAUUCAAGACUGAAUUUAUCUUAGCUUUCUCACCAAAAAGAAAUGUUCUUCCUCCUAUGAUCCCAAACUCUUUUAAUAGCAUUCAUCACAGUCAUUGGUCUUGAGGAAGCCUUGAAAAUGUUCUCAUCUCUUCUGUCAGCUGCCACACUGAAUUGUCCUAGUAAUUGUCUCCCUAAAACAUCCUUGAGAAACUGCGUCUUUUCUGUUCUAACCAAUACUGGUUUCAUUGUCAACACAGGCCCUCUUCACUUUCCUCAUCUAAUCCAAUCUAUUCCAAAAAGAAUUUCGUUUUAACUCUACUACAAGGGACGUAUCACAACAGAGCAUGUGUGAAAUGAUUAUUUUUUUCAAAGUGCCAACAUUAGUUUUUGUAGUCUAACUCCAGCCUUGUUUCUUCUGAGUUCCUAAUCUCAUUCAGUCUUUCCAUUUGGUAUUGCCUGAAUGUUUUCAGAUAUUUUGUUACCUCUAUGGCUUUGCAAAUGCUGUUUCCUUUGUAUGAGUCUUUUCCUAUUUGCUGAGUUCCUACAAAAAUGCAAACUCCUUUGUUAAAGCUUUCUCCUUUUCUCUUAGUCAGAAUUGGUUACUCAUCAAGUUCUCAGCAAUUCGUUUAUACUUACUUUGAAGCCCUCACUGUGCCUUGUAUUGUUGAACCUUUAGUGCUCAAAGUCACACAUUCUGGAAAACCUCUUAGUUUUAAGCAAACUAGGACAGUUGAUCACCCUAACUAUAACUUCUUGGCUACAAAUACUAUAGCUUGUUUCUGCAAUUCCUCUAUGUGCCCUGAACAAGUGGGGCUCAUGUUCUUAUUAUUUUGUAUAAUUAUGUUUUCAUAAUUAGAUAAUUUUACCACUACUCUAGAACUGAUCAAGACUCCCAAACAGUGUUUCUCAAAGUGAGUUGUGCAGUCUACCUAUGCCAGACUCAUCAGGGAGCUUAUUAAAAAUUCAUAUUCCAGAACUCCACCCAGUGCCUACUGAAUCAGCAUCUCUGAGUGUAGAACCAGAAAUAAGUAUUCUAUGUUCCAAAAGUUAAAAGAAUCAUUAGCUUUUUGAAGUUUUUCAGGGUAAAAAAAUUUUCUUCUUAUCAUUUACUAUGAGAUAUAUAUCUGUAUGUGUAUCUGUGUCAUGCUACAAAAUACUUUUUUUAGAGGCUCUGUUCUGUUGCUCUUAUUGUUUCCAAUGUUGGGAUGGACUUUUGUGAAGCUGUUCACUCCUGUGAUCAACAGCUGGUAUUUGUAAGGAAACUGGCUGCGGUGAAGGUGGUACUUGUGUCUCCGUGUGUGGAGUCUGUAGUAGCUCAGCAGGAAUGCUGAUUCUCUGAACUAUGAAAUACAAUUAUUGUGUGUUCACCAUGAUGUGAACCUGACUGUUAAGAGGCAGCUGCUGCAACAGCUGCCAGGAGCCAAGAGUGGCCACUUUCAGCAGGAUUGAUCUUAACACAGGAUGUCAAAGUCAUUGGGAGGAGGGAGAUGAGGGACUGAGGGUCUUUGCAGGGAGAGUGCUUGUCUCAUUUAAUAUGUGAGUAAAUGGUGCACUGCUUUGAGGUAGAGUCAGUCAUGUAAUUCAGCCCUUACUGCUGAUUUUUGUUUAAAUGAUCCAACUUGGCUGCUUACACAGGUUAAAUUAAUUUAAUCAUUGUAAUUCUAUCAUAUAAAUGGCAACUAUGUAAAUCAAGUGUCUAUGAAUAAGACAAAAAUAGAUAUAAGGGAAUGAUUUGGAUAAUACAGGCCAAGGAAUCUGCUAGGGCUAUAUUUGAACCAGAAUUAUGUAGAUUAAGAGUCUAUACUGGUUAAAUUCUCCUGCAAACCAUAUUUAAUUUUACUCAUUGAAGUUCAGAACUAUUUGGGCCUAUGAUAUCAAGGUUGGGUGGGUUUUUCCAUUCAUAACUGGCCACAUGAAGGCUUGCUUGUGACUACUAGUUCCUCUGUAAUUAAGAAGACAUGAAACGGAAUUUGCCAGUGUUCUAAGUUCUUGUCUCAAGUGAUUCCAUGAUGUCUGCCACUUCAGGAAGCCACCAGAGGAGCAGCUUCCUGGCUAGAUGGCCAAAGUGUUGAAAACUUGCUAGAAAGGCUUCACUCUGUUGGUCACAAUAACACACACCCUAAAAGAGCAAGAAAGGUCAAGAGCUCCUUCUUCCAAGGACCACUUCUGCCACUGAUAGGCUGAACCAGUGCCUUCAUCUGAGCAGCGAAGGGGCAUAAAUGAGCAGGGACACACUCCUCAGACCUUCUGCCUCUGGCUCUGCCUACUCAUUGGUAGAGGCACUAGUGCACAGCGGUUAAAGAGGAAGGCUGCUUCACAUCUCAGCUCCAUCACUCACAGCACAGUAUGUCUGUUCCCUCAUUUCUUUCUUUUUUUUUUUUUUUUUUUUGUUGUCGUUUUGAGAUGGAGUUUUGCUCUGUCUGUCACCCAGGCUAGAGUGCAGUGGUGUGAUCCCGGCUCACUACAGCCUCCACCUCCCGGGUUCAAGCAAUUCUCCUGCCUCAGCCUCCUGAGUAGCUUGGAUUACAGGUGCGCACCACCACGCCCGGCUAAUUUUUGUAUUUCCAGUAGAGACAGGGUUUCACCAUGUUGGCCAGGCUGGUCUCAAACUCCUGACCUCAAGUGAUCCCCCCUCUUUGGCCUCCCAAAGUGCUGAGAUUGCAGGCAUGAGCCACUGUCCCCGGCCUGUUUCCUCAUUCCUUAAAUGAGAACUAUACUAUAAUCCUCACAGGGUUUUGACAAUUGAAGGAAACGAUGUACAUAUGAAGAUUGACACUUAAUAAUCCCUGAAUGAAUGGUGACUAGUUGCUGUAAUAAUAUGACUAUUAUUGCAUAUGCUUAUAUACAAUUAUCAGCAAUGAAAUGAUUAGAGUUAAUGGUCUUUACCACCUGGUUCUUCUAGGCAAAUAUCUUCCUUGCUGGUUGUGUGGAAGUGAUGGGUUGAGGAAGGAAGACUAGAUCUCCAUUUCUGGCUUAUGUUUUAUGAUUUAUAAUUUCAGAGCUUGCUUUUUUUUCUUCUGUCACAAUGCCAUUAAUUGAUGAUAAAUUUUCCUCUAAAAAAGCACAACAUAUUAGCCACCAGCUGUCUUGCCCAAGGUUGUAACUAGAUCUGUAUUAUAAAACAUGAUAAAAUUCCAAAGGAUUUUUAAGAAUUUAAACUGCAACCUGAAUAAAUAGCAGGCAUUCUAAAGCCAUAAUUAUACAAACUGGUGUUCAUCUUAAUUAAAUUCAAGCUUUCAAAAAAGAUUUUCUGAGUUUUUAAAAUCACAAAGUAAUUAGCAAUACAUCUGAAAACAUAAACAAGUUAGAAUAUUAUGUAAAGCCUUAAAAAGAGACAAAAAUAAAAUAGGACUAUAAAUUAAUAAUUAAAAUUUCAUAGUUUAUGGUACCAGGUAGAUACAGAUUUGAUUCUUAGAUUUGCUAUCUACCAGCUUGUUACUUUGGGUGAGCUGCUCACAAAAUCUCUCUGAACCUUAAAGUCUUAUGUAUAAAACUGAUAUGGUAAUACUUAUUUGCCAAGGGUCAUUUUUAGCAUUAAAUGAGAUAAUGGAUUUUAAAAAUCUAGGAGAGUAAACCUAGCAUGUGAGUGAGCUCAGCAAUGCCUAGUUCUCUACCUCUUUACCUACCAGAUAGGAAAAUAUGCUACAAAAUAACUAUUAUUUAAGAGGACAAUAAAGAAACAGAAAUAUGAAUAGAUAUUAAAGAAAAUAAAAACAAGCCUGGAAAGCUCGAAAAUUAUACAAAAUAAUAUCUAAUGAAUUUAAAAAUGUAACAGUUAAAGAAGGACUUAUUUAAUUAAUAAUGCCAAAAGGAGACAUAUGAUCACAGUUUACAAUAUAUAUCCAAAUGAAGGCCAGUUAAAGAACUAAGCAGAAAAGAAAAAUCAAAUAUAGGAAGAUUAGCAUAAAAUAAGAUACUUGUGGCUUUGAAGGUUAAAAGUUACAAAAUAAUUUGCAAGUGAAAAUAUUUUGCUAUAACUUUAAAAUUUUAUUUAACUAAAUAAUAUGUAACUAAAAAGUAAAGCAUCAAACAAGGAAAUAUUUGUGUCUAAUACUUAGGAAAAUAAUAAAUGUCAAUAUUUACAGAUGCUGUGAUUAUGUAACCCACUCCUAAUCACUCCUAAUCAAUCGUAAUAGAGAUAUUAAAAGUGAUCAUAUAAUAUGAAUAAAAUUAAGAUAAAAGUAUAAACUUAGGUCAACCUUCUACAUAACUCCAAUACCAAAAUAGAAAAUAUUUUAGGAAUAAUAUUGAAUCCUCAAUAGUAGCAACAAGUAAAAGAUAUAAAAUAUAUAAUCUUUUUUUUACAAAGUAUGGUUGCAAAUAAGUAGUAUGAAUAUGAAGACCACUAAAACAUUUCAUUGAGAGAGUUUAGGUUUGAAUAAAUGAGUUACAAUGCUAUGUUUUGGGAUGGCCCAUCUCAGAAUUGCAAAUCUGUCAGGUUUUUCAGAAGUAUUUAUAGAUUUGAUGCAGUCCCAGUCAAAACCCCUUCUCAUUAAAAAAAAAUUGACAGGUAUAAUCUUGGCAAAAGUUUUCUAAAUCAACAAGCAUCAUAAAGGUUACAGUGAAUCAGACAUUCUGCUACAUUGCCACUGGCAUGGUGAAUCAGUACUUCCCUUGUGAAGGAAAAUUUGUCAGGGAAGAGUACUCACAAGGCUUUAGAUUGUGCAGCCCAUAUGUCCCUGAAAUCAUACUUCUGAGAAGAAAUUCCAAGGAUAUCAUAGCGAGUCAUGAAUUGCAAUACUUACCAUGGAGUUUUUCAUACACCUGGAAAUACACAGAUGACCAAAAGGAAAGUUACCUAGUGAAUGUGUUAAAGCAUACAGUGAACAUUAAGCAGCUUCUAGAAUCAUAUUCUCAAAGAAUGUUUGGAGACAUUAGAAAGGAUUCAGUACAUGACAUCACAUGAAAAAACAUAGGAUACAAAACUUUAAAGUGAAAAAAUAUAUAGCAUACAGAACUUUAAAUCAGUCUGAGCCAUGUGCAUAGAAAAAUAAAAGAAAGAAAGAAAAUGUACAGCAGUCAAUGUAAGUUAUGAUUUUUAAUUUUUUAUUGUUUCGCUUGUUUAUAACUUUUGUACAAUGAUAAUGUAUUACUUUGUUAUAAGCAGAAAAAGAAAAUUUAAAUUUUUUCCAAUUAAAAAAUGGUAAACAGUUGUCUCAUGAGAGAGAAAAUAAAUUAGCAAACACAUAAAAUAUUUCAACAAAUAAAGAGAAGCAAAGUAAAAUAAUGGUGUAUAAUUAUAGAGUUCAUGACAAAAUCUUAAAAAUAUCUACACAUGUACAUAUAUGUACCCAAAGUACUGUUGUGAAAAUGGUCGGUAUCAGAAAUUGCUAGUAGCAUUGAAAUUAGGAACUUUGUAUUUUAUUAUAUCUUAUUUCCUGGAGGCUGGGUAGAGAAUCUGACCAUCAAGUUAGUCUUGUUUUUCUAAGCAAAUAGGUGUGAUCUUGAUGAAUUCAUAUUGAUUAAAUAAACACAUACAAGCAAAUAAAAUAUCAUGCAAUCAUUUUUCCUGUCAAUGAGAUGACUCACACAACCCCCAAUUCCAAGGGAGAUCAAAGUGAGGAGCAAUGCAUUGUCAUUGGGAGUAUCAAGGGAAAUCGGACACAGGAAGAUUUAUAAAUGAGAAUUAUGUUUUACUUAAUGCAACUGCUUCACAACAGACUCUGAGAGAGCAUUUUUGCAUGAAUUCAGAAUCCUAUAGGUAUAAAACAUACCUAAUAUAGGUGAAACAGUGCUUGAAUUAAAGCAAAUAGUAAAAUCCAGGAGUUGUGAUUUCUUCUUCCAUGAAGCUGACAAAUAUGAAGCUGUAGAGAAAAUUUUAAAGAUGAAAUUAAGUUAAGCAAUUUGGGCUCUGUUAUGAGUCAAUGUUUUUCUUGCUUCAUUUUGAUGGCUUCUGUUACAGACACACCCUGAGGAGCCUGUUCGUCAGCCUUGUAUAUAAUCUUUUAUCUUUAGUUUUUCUGAUUAAACAAAUCCAUAUGCUAUGAAGGCAAUUUUCUAACUUCUAGCGUUGUAAAUAGUUAAUUUGAAAAAUCCUACAUUUAGGGAUUAAGCUGUAGAAUCACAACCACUAAAUAGAAAAAAAAAAAGUUUAGAAUUUAAAACCUCACUCUAUUUCAAACUAUCUGAAAAUAUUAUAAGGGUUGUGAAGAUAGGAAUUGUGUCCUGAACUUUGGGUGUCAUUGCAGCACCUAGCAUUGUGUUUAGCAUGUACUUAGAGUUAAAUGUUUAGGGAUAGAAAGUUACGUUUUGGUUUAUGUAUAGUGCAAAGCACUUCUGAGGAUAAUACCACUGCUAAGAAUAUCCAUGAAGUUUAAUGUAAUUUGGUGAACGUUCAAGAAAACAACUCCAGACUGCCUAUGUAGCAAUGGUCAGAAAAGAUUAAAAAACAGCCCUUGGACCAUCCUUCAUUAUGUAUUUGUGAUGAUAAUAUUAAUUUAUUUAAAAUGAUAUUUAAUGACAAAUUAUGUCUGGGAAGUUUGAUGAACAAAUUCCAGGCAAUGGCUUACUUCUGUCCUUUUAUUUGUAUAUCUUGAUAAAUGAGAUGUGAAUUUUAAAAAUCUUGCGUCAAAUAUUUCUAGUUACUUAAUGCUGAUAGCUAAGAAGAUAACUUCUACUAAUGAAGAUAAUUAAUAAAGCAUUCUAAUUAAGAAAACUUGAAAUAGCUAAAUUAAGGAAAAGGGUAAGGCCACUGGCUCAAACUUGGAAAAUAUAUGGGUAAAAUCUUAAGACAUUUUCCUUGUAUUAAAACAGGUGUGUUUUCUGAAGCCAUGUAAUUUAUGCUUUUGUAGGUCCUAUUGACAUUAGGUCCUCCAAUAAUUCCUUCCUCAAAGUCAGACAUUAAUGAACCAUAAAAAUCAGUUUUUUAGUUUUUUGUUUGUUUUUUUGUUUUUGAGACAGAGUCUCACUCUGUCACCCAGGCUGGAGUGCAGUGGCGUGAUCUCGGCUCACUGCAAGCUCCACCUCCCGGGUUCAAACAGUUCUCUGCAUCAGCCUCGCAAGUAGCUGGGACUACAGGCAUGCACCACCACGCCCAGCUAAUUUUUAUGUUUUUAGUAGAAACAGGGUUUCACCAUGUUGGCCAGGAUGGUCUUGAUCUCUCGACCUCGUGAUCUGUCUGCCUCGGCCUCCCAAAGUGCUGGGAUUACAGGCGUGAGCCACCGCUCCCAGCCUUUAGUUUUUAUAUUUAUAAAUCAUGGCUAUAUCUUUAUUUUUCAAUUUACAUAAGAAGAUAUGUGGAAAAUGAAAUCACAUAUUUGGAGCCAUGUUUCUUUCCUUCUUUCUUUUUCUUCUAUUUUUUUCACUCUGAGUUCCUCAGUUGCCAUUUCUUUAAAAAUAUGAGUUGUUUUUCCUACUUUGAUGAGAGAUUUUUCUCUGACAGUAUUGGUGAUGGAGGUCUAUAGAAACAUUCAAAGAGGGCGUGGAUAAGGAGAGGUAUUCUUUAUUUCACCAACUGAUGAGCGAUUUCUCAGAUAUGCAGCCAAACUGACCUCUGUUUCCUCAACUCACGAGUUAUUCUUUUCUCUGCCCUUUUCAGUUAGUAGUCAAUAAUACUAGCUGUGAUGCACUUCUGUUGGCUUCCUAAUUCAGGGCAAGCUGUCCUGACUGAGCCAGGGAAGGGCUCUGGGUGCAUGAUCGCUGAAAGGACACCAGUGCACAUGGAUGCCAUUUGUCUCCAUUGCAUUCCCCAACUUCAAUACACUUUCUGAAACCCUUAGUCAAAUUUAGCACCAUUCAUGAUCAGGGCAACAAAACCACAUGUGGAAUUCCUAAUAUGGAAUUUGUGAUUAUUCAAAUAAAUUUUGGAUUAAAACCACCUAUGCGUGAUUAAUAAAGAGAAUGCUAAUGAAUAAUGAAAGCAGACAGUCAGGAAGCAUUUUUAAACUCUGUGACUAAAUAGUUUCAAGCAUUUUAGCAACAUUUGUCUAUAUAUCAGUAAAUGUAGUGCUAAUUAUAAAUCAUUCUUAUUUAUGCAUUAAAGCAGUUAUUAAAUAUAUGUGGUAUUAGAAUUCCGUUCUUGGAAAGGUUUCUGUUUGUUUUUCCACCAAUUUAUAUUGUUCUCCUUUGCAUUUUGCCAAAGCCAUUCAUAUCUCUAUAUAUUUUUAAUAAGCAGAAUUAGGAAAGUAUAAAGUUUUCAGAUAUGAGGAAUUGCCAGAUGAAAUUAUGAUGCAAAUAUUUGUACCAUCUUAGCUCUAGAGUCAAACAGAAACUGGAUUUGAGUCUCACCUGUACUACCUACUAGUUGAAUAAACUCCAAUAAGUUACAUAAUCCCCUUCAGCUUCAGUUCCCUAUCAGUAAAAUGAUUAUGGUUACCUCUUGGGAUCACAGCCAGAGGUAAAGAAAUCGUAAGUGUUCAAAAUUAUUAGCAGCUUCUAUCAUAACCAUCAUCCCAUCUGCACAAAAUCAGUUCUUGCUUGAAUGGGUGUGCUACCAUGAAAAUGUGCUGUUUUCAGAUGUGCAGUGUCCCCAGCAGGAGGAAGGCAGCAUUGUGUGCAUGCAUCCACUCUUCAGUAGCUGCAGGAGGUAGAAAGGUCUGACAGCUGCAGAGCAGGGUUCUAAGCAACAAGAGAGAACAGUCUCUGGUGAAUGGAGUGGCACCCAUGCACCCUGUCCUGUAGACCUGCGUUCAUGGGCAACUGUACUCUCCCUCAGCUACGGUAAGAGCCCUCAUAACUAGAACAGAGCUGUAAAUUUGCUGACUAAAGGAAAGCAAGAAAGGGAAUUUAAACAGCUGCUACCAGCAUGCCAGGGCACACAAAAUAGGCAAUUUAUGUAUUAGGUCAAAGUGAAGCACAUUUCUUUUAAAAAACAGAUUUCUGGAAGAAAUUGGCACCGGACAUGUAAGCAUUCUAAUAAAAAGAUACUCUUCUCAAAAAAUUAUGGGAUAAAAUCAUUCUAUUAUUUGACCUUUCCCCUUAAACAGUGAUUUAGUAUGUGCAAACCUGAAUAAAAAUUGCAUUAGAAGCUAGCUCAGUUUUUCUCACACAGCGAUUUUCAUUUCUGAAGCUGGCAUCUGUAAUAAAAGAGAAAUAUGUUGAAGGGCCGCGUCUACUCGAAGAGCUGUAAUGGACACUCAGUUCUUCAUAAGCUGGCCUUCUUCACAGACAGAGAAGUAUUUGACUGUUGCUACUUUUACUAUUGGAGGAUUUCCAUUUUUAGGUUUGUUGUUAUGAGCCUCACUAAUAUUCACUUUUACAAAACAAAGAUUCUGGAGUCAGACCAUGCAGCCACAGUGGGGUGACGAGUGGGGGUAGAAAAUGUUUUCUUUCUUUUUUCUUGCUCCUUUUGAUUACAUUAGAUACCCAGACAAGAAGAGAAAGAAGAGAAAAGCUGAUCAGGAAUCACGCCUAAUGCUGCAGAACGAUGCCCUGAAAAUGCUGAAUGUGCCCCCUAUCUAAGCCAACUAAACUUGUAUUUACACAGGAAAUUAAUCCAUCAGAAAAUAUUCAAAGCCAAGAGAAAGUAGAUAUUUGGAGAACUUAUCAAAUGUACAUGGAAUAAGUUUUUUACUUAGUUUUCUCCACUCAGUGCCUUGAAUUAAAUACCCACAUCCUCUUCUGGGAUCUUUCCUAGAGCCCAGAGCUCUGGUUCUCAUUCUCUCCCUGUCACUAACUAAUGAUGGCACUUUGACCCAUCAAUGUAAACUUUCCUGGGCCCAGACUACCAAAUUUGAAUAAAAGCUUGGAAAAGAGGUUUUUGAAAAGAAGAAGGAAUGCUAAAAUAAUAGUGGAGCCAGGUAUUAAAUGAAUAUUUAAAAGAAUUCAGAGGAACCUUUGUAAGCUGUAAAAGUCUAUGCUAUGAAAAGUUCAAAAUAUUGUUAUAUCGUAAGAAAUUUGGUACAUUACAAAGAACAAAGAAGCUUUACAUUUUAUUAAUGCGUUGAAAAACCAAGAGGCUGAUAAUGUUUUCAUAUCCAAUAUCAGUUCAGAGUUGGGGAAAAGUUAAGUUUUAUAUCAAGUAUGAAGUAUGUUAUAUGUGAACUAUGGUAUAUGUGGUACAUUUCCUCUGAAAAGAUGAGUAUACAUUCAAAUGAUAGCUGCACAUCUCAAUUUAACAAAUGUGGGGUAUUGCAGAAAGGUUGCUUGCCUCAGGUGGUUUCCGAAAGCGGCAUAUUUCUGCUCUGUGCUGAUGGACCACAUUGCUGUUUCUUCAUAUCUUUGUCUUUGCAUCACUCCCUGCUAGGAUGAGUUAUUUCACUUUGCUGGGUUACAUAUUCCUGAUCUGCAUAUUUGCCACACAGGAUUGUUGUGAGGAUUGACCAAUAUGAUGGAGGCACGGUGCCUACUGCAUGUUGCCUGGCACCUAGCAGGUCCCCAAUAGGUUCAGCCGUUUUGGAGGGCAAGGUGUGGGCACGCGGAGGGAUGCAGCACUGUUCAGCAUGCCCACUGUCUCCCAGCCUGAUGACUGCAGAUGCAGGGAAAAAAUGGUAGCACAGACGGAGGUCUAAACUAAAAAGGAAGGUGCUGAAAGGCAGCUGAGCACUUCUACCUGGCAGACAUGUGAGAGGGGCACGGAGGGGCAAGAGGCACGAGAACAGGAGCUGGUGGCACUCAGGCAGUGACGCGGAAGCAGGCCCUGACCUCUCCAGGCAGUGGCCCUGUCUGGCUGGCAACAGGCAGUCCACUGGAGGGAGGGGCAGCCUCACACCAUUUCCGCCAGACUGCUGAGGCUGCCAAGAUCUCAACUACUAUGUUUUGACUGUUUUUAAUUUUGCUUUCUUUUUGUAAUGAAAUAUAUGGAAUUUCUGUUAUUCUCUGAAAUCAUACGAUAGUGAAGUUAAUAUCUGGAAGGCUUUUUCCAUGUUUCUCCUUGGCUGGGCUUUCAUUUGUCAACUCUCUUGAGAAAUGCUUGCCUGAUGCAUCUCAGGGGAGGCGAGGCCCACACCACUCUUGCAUGAGGAAGAGAAAAGGAUGAGAAAUGGAAGCCAAGUUUCUGCCCUGCUUAGACUUCUAAGACUUCUCAGACUCUUCCAUUUACAAAAUGGAGAAAACACCUCCUCUGCCUUACAAAGACGGGGGAAUUACAGUCGCGAGAGCACUGUGAAAAUCUUCAAGCAUAAAAACAAAGCAAAUGAAAGGCAUCAUGAUUAAAUAGAUGUCGAAGGACGUUAUGAAAUGGCAUUCUGUGUCCAAGAGAAACCUCUAGGUCCCAUUAGGCCUCUCUUCAUCUAGGCCUGCUGCCUGUAAAUUUUCUUCACAUAAUGUAGAUAAUAGCAUCUUCCUUUCUUCUUCACAGAGCAUUUUAUGUUGGGGGUAAAGUUUGAAAACUCUCGAGGCCUUGUUGUACACAUUGAAAGUAAUUUUUAAACUUGCAAAAAAUUUUACUCCUUGCUUUUAAUGAGCUAAUAGCAUAAUCAGUGAGGUGAGAUACAAAUAUGAUUAAUUACACACAAUGUAGGCCUGGUAAAGAACCUAGCAAAAGAAAAUACUGCUGAAGUUCAGAGGAGAGAGAGAUUACAACUAGCUACUAGGAACAGAUAAAUGGACAGGCAAUUAUCUGAGGGCAAUAGUUGCUUAAAUGUGUGACUGUAUUAAGGGGAAAACAUUAUCCUGCUUGGCCUCAGCAGAGAGCAAAAGAAACCAAAUAAAACAAAAUAGGCAAUCCUAUCACAAUGCAAUACCUGGCAUACUAAUAUGACAAGAGUAAAACAAUUUUACACAGUUAUUAUGCUCACUUUUGGAAACAUGUGGAAAUAGUAUCUCAUUUAAGAUCUCAAAAGUGAGUGGCAGCAGAGGAAAUCAGAACUCAGCGGUCCUGACGGCAAUCCUGGCUCUGCGUAUCUCACAAAAGAAAAGCGUUUCUGUCUUUAAAAUGAGCACAGAGUGGCCGAGGUUUACUUGUAUAAAAGUUAAUAUUUCCAUACAAUAAACCAUAACAUGUUUGAUAAGAAGUAAUGGCAUUAUGUAAUUAGUAUAAAUCUGAAUGAAAAUGACUAUGAUGAUUAUUUGUUAAAAUUACACAGGACAAAUUAUAGCAUUUUAGAUCUUCAGAUUUCAUUUCUAAAAGUCUUUGGGCCUACAAAGAUAAAGAAGUACAUAUCUUUUCAUUCAAGACAUAAAUAAAAAACAGAAAGGAGAGAAACACAAUCAGUGAUUUGAUGACAAUACAGAUUUGCUUUAGAAUUUACUAUAUAGGAAAAAAUCUUUGUAAUUUUCCUGGCGAAAAUUAAUUGUAUUUAAUUAAAAAUAUGCUAGUAAAUGCAUGUACUUAGAGUGGUUGAAUGAUUACAAUCUGAAAACAAAAGUACUAUGCUUCAAUAGUAUAUUACAUAUCUGAUGGAAGUUCAAAAUUUUAGUAGCCUCAAAAUAUUCUUUACACUGCAUAAUUGGGUUUCUUUUUAGUUAUAAUACUCAUGUAAAUCAUGCUUUAACUUGCACAUGCUGGAUAUAGUAUGAUAGGAAAUGCUGCAUCAAAAUGAAGCAGCUGUUUCCAUAAUAUCUCAAUGGGCUAAUGGGGUCAGGCAUGUCCUAUGAAGGGUUGAUUAAUUAAGAAAGGGAUGACAUAAAUUAUGGUGCAGUUUCAACAAAUUCGAGCCAAUCUGCAAUGCCCAUGCUGAAAAGAAAACCAUUAUUUCACAAAAUACAUUUUAAAUAGUGAAUUAUUUUACCAAGUUGUAUUUGCUUUCAGCAUUUUAAAACUUGUAUUCAAUACCAGACAUACUUUGUGUGAAAUCAAGUACUAUUGCCUAUUUGGGGAAGCAUUUAAUAAUUUAUUUUUCUUUCUUUUUUUUUUCAUUAAAUGAAUUCCUGUCAAAGAGUUUCUCUUCAAAAGAUAAUGAGAAUACGUGUUUAAUUUUGGAAAGCUCUGAUGUUAUUGGUUCUCCAUAGAUUGUGUACAUUUUCCUUGCAAAAUCUCUGUACUUAGAACUGCACGUGAACUGAGCUAUCACUGUUGCAUUUUUUGAAACUUGUCACCCAGCUUGAAUAGAGGACCACUCUGCAGAGCCCCAUUACUAACCUCUGGGUCUUCCUCCAGUCACUAGGUUUCUGUGAGGAGAUACUGUAUACUGGUAAAUAUAUAGCCCACCUACCAGUAAGGCAAAUCAAUUACAACACUAAAGUAACCUAGCAGAAAUACAGUAAUGUGAGUUUACUAAAUGGCUACUUUGGAAGCCCCAUAUAUUUAUUCUACAUAUAGUGACUUUUAGAGAACAAGGGGUUCUACCACAGUUUUUAUCAUUGUCAGUGUGGACCCAAACAUGAUUUAGAUGAAGUAUUCAAAAGAUUGCAUUUCCCCACACUUACCCCCUUCAAACACAUUUAAUCUUUCUCCAGUUAAAAAUGAAAGAAGGUAAUGCUUUGAUCCUCAUCACAUUUUUGUUCUUUACUAAUAAAGGUAUUCAAUAUGUCAUUUGUAGCUAGAAGCUUAUUGAAUAAAAUAUAUGAAGAAAAGAAUGCAAAACUACAAUUUCUUCCCUGAGAUAGUCUUGGAGCUCUUUCAGGAGUUUCCAAUUCUUGAUAGCACUAACUUUCUCCAAGAUUUCGAGGAUUAAAAAAAAAAAAACACUAUAAAAGUAAAUGCCCAAAUGCACCUACCCUAGAACAAGUUUGCCCCUCUUUGAGGAGCCUGCUGUUCUUAGGUUGUGUCAUAUCCCCUGUGGAUUUAUGCUCAUGCAGUAGGGAAAAAAAAAAAGGUGUGUUUUUAGGUACCAGUAUAGGAAGAACCAGAUGACUUCAGGGAAUGAUCCUCAAGGAAUUACUUGAGGGAAAAGUAUCUGGAUUUGCCCCUCUCAGUGUUCCCAGCCGUGGGGUGGCAUUGUUUGAAAACAGACAAAACAAACAACACCAACUUCCUGGGACUGAAAUCCUUUGUAUGUGUUGUUGU